UCAUCCGUAUCUCGGUGAGAUCAGUGCGUGCGACUGAUUUGUUGUGAAAUUCCCUUGUUAUUGAUUGAUCGUUUGUCACUUUUGUGGUUUUCACGAUGAAGGUGCUCUUGCUCUGUGCCUCCUUGCUCUGCCUUGCGGCGGCCUACAAGUCUUAUGAUGGGUAUCGCGUUUACCGGACGAUCGACUUGGAUGCCUCGAUGGCUGGAAAAAUUGGCUCUUUGAUGCAUCGGCCGGAGUUCGAUUUCUGGACAAUGCCGCGUGCCGGCAGGCCAUUGGAUAUCAUGGUGUCAGCCGAGCACGCCAGUGAGCUGGAAUCCGCCCUUGAGAAAUUGGGCUUAUCCCCUAAGGUGCACUUGGAAAACGUCGGGCAGUAUGUGCAGCGGGAGAGGAUGGAAAUCGAAGCGCUUAGGAAGAAAGAGAAUGCUCUUGGGAGAGCACCUAGCUUUGACCGUUAUCUCAACUUUGACGAGAUCUUGGCUUACAUCGCUGAAAUCGAGACCCUCUACCCUGACAUUGUGUCGGUUCAGGACAUUGGCACCUCCAUCGAAGGUCGCCCUCUCAGGGUGGUCAAGCUGUCCAACGGCCCUGGCAAAAAAGCUAUUUGGUUUGACUCAGUGCUGCACGCUCGCGAGUGGAUUGGACCCCCCACCGCCCUGUUCGCCAUCAACGAGCUGACCGAAAACUUGGCCAACGGCAACAACCAGGCCCUUCUCGAUGCCAACGACUGGUACUUCCUGCUGGUGGCCAACCCUGACGGAUUUGUGUACGCCUGGGAAAACGAUCGAUUCUGGAGAAAAAACAGGAAUCAGAACGAUGGUGCUUUGUGCAAGGGCGUCGAUUUGAACAGAAACUUCGACUACAGCUGGAUUGCUCAGGGUUCAACCUGCUCCGAGACCUACUCAGGAACCGCCCCUAAUUCUGAAGUUGAAGUUCAAGCGAUAUCGACUUUCCUUUCGUCCACCCCGGGUAUCACUGCGUACGUCGCUGUCCACAGUUACGGCCAGUAUCUUCUUUAUCCUUAUGGAGACACCACCGUAGAAGCACCAACAGUUGACGAAUUGGCCCGAGUUGCGAACGAGGCAACGGCAGCGCUGACCGCAAUCGGAGACACCCCCUACGUAGUCGGCUCCACUUACGACGCUUUGUACGAGGCUCUGGGCAUCAGCGUCGACUGGGCCUACGACAAGGCCGGCAUUCCUCUCGCCUACACAAUUGAGUUGCGUGGCGGCGGGUCUGGUUUCGACCCUCCCGCCUCGCUGAUUGUGGAAUCAAACGUCGAGACCUGGGAAGCGUACAAAGUGAUUGCCGCCAACUUGCCGACCGCCCGCCGCACAAAGGCUAAUUGAACGCUGCUUUCAAUUAUGUUCACGCGUCUGUAAUAAAAAAAUUCCCUUGAGA